GCCAUGACAGUAAGUAUCUGGACUUUAACCGCAGGCUCAGGCGCUCGCGUCGUCACGCGACACGGCGCGCCCUUCGCUCGCGUCGUCACGUGACACGUCGUCUCGACAGGCGUACGGUUUUGAGGCUAAAAACGGAAGUGCCGCCAUGAUGUGGCACGCAUCUGAACAUUGACCGUCAUUGGAAAUUUAAUCCCGAAUCAUCAGUUUAUUUAUUUUCAUUUCGUUCUUGUCAUUUAAGUAGGAUUAAUAUGACUCCACAGGGAAUUAAAUUUUGUUACGAUUUAAAAUUAAGCGCUGAAGAACUACUGAAGAGAACCGACGAUUUAAUCGACAGACUACGUAAAACAUAUGAUAAAGUUGGUGCUUUAAGUAAUGAUCAAGUUUCUUGUAAAACUGUUCUCGAGCCUUUAAAUUAUGCAGAAGCUGAAAAGCAAACUGAGGGUGCUUUAUAUGAACUUCCAAAACAUGUGUCAACUGAUAAAGCACUUAGAGAUGCAGGCAGUGAAGCUGAUCGUAAAUUAAGGGAAUUUCACAUUGAAAUAGGUAUGCGACAAGACAUCUUUAAUAAAUUGCUACUACUUGAAGCAAAGAACGAAACAUUAGAUUCAGAAUAUAGCCGAUAUCUACAAAAAUUAAUAAAAUUAGGAAAGAGAAAUGGAUUACAUUUGUCUCCAACUGUUCAAGCAAAAAUAAAAUCUUUAAAAACUGAAAUAAGCAAUUAUUGUGUUGAAUUUAUCAAAAAUGUGAAUGAAGAGAAUACUAUUUUGGAAUUUUCAGAGGAAGAAUUAGAUGGACUACCCGCAGAUUUUAUUGAAAACUUGACGAAGAGUGAAACAGGUAAAAGAAAAGUUACAUUGAAGUAUCCUCAUUACUUUUCAAUCAUGGGGAAAGCAAAAAACCCUGAAACAAGAAAAAAAUUGGAAUAUGCAUUUAAUUCAAGGUGUAUUGAUGAAAACAGUACCAUUUUAGAAAAACUGGCUGAAUUACGACACGAGACAGCAUUAUUACUUGGAUUUCCUAAUCAUGUAGCUUUUAUAACAGAUUUGAGAAUGGCUAAAACUGCAAAAACUGUUUAUAAUUUUUUAACUACUUUAGCAUCAAAAUUAGAACCUCUCUGGAAAGAAGAAAGAAAGUUUAUAAUGGAACUUAAAAACAAAGAGUGCAAUAAACUAGACAUUCCUUUCGAAGAUAAGCUACAUCCUUCAGAACUUCGCUAUUAUAAUAAUUUGGUGGAAGAAAUCAAAUACUCUGUUGAUCAGAAUAAAUUACGUGAAUAUUUUCCAUUGCCUACUGUAACUAAAGGAUUAUUGAAUAUUUACCAAGAACUUCUGGGUUUGGAAUUUGCUGAAAUUAAAAAUCCUGUUGCAUGGCAUCCUGAUGUUCAAUUAUAUUUUGUUAGUGGAGCAAAUGUUGAAUGGGAUUUUGUAGAAGCACCAUCUCAAAUGCUUGAAAAUUGGUGUUGGGAACCAGAAACCCUAAGAAGAAUGUCUGGACAUUACAAAGAUGGAAGUCCUCUACCAGAUAAUAUUUUACAAUCUCUUGUACAUUCUCGUUUAGCUAAUGUUGGUUAUUUUAAUUUGCGUCAAGUAGCCCUAAGCAUGCUUGAUUAUAACAUUCACACCAAUCCAAAAGCUGAUACAAGACAAAUUUAUCAUGAUUUGAGUUGCUCACUACUUGGUAUUCCUCCAACAGAAGGUACUAAUUUUGCUGCUAAUUUUGGGCAUCUAGUUGAUGGGUAUGAUGCAGGAUAUUAUAGCUAUUUGUGGAGUGAAGUGUACAGCAUGGACAUGUUCUUCAGUCGAUUCAAAUCCGAAGGUAUCAUGAAUUACCAGACUGGAAAAGAUUACAGAAACAAAAUUUUGGCACCUGGUGGAACAAAGGAUGGAUUCGAUAUGCUGAGAGAUUUCUUGGGAAGAGAACCUAAUGAUGAAGCAUUCUUGAAAAAUACUUAAAAUUACUUAUCAUCAGAAGAAUAGAAAAUGCAGGCAGCCCGAUUUACCAAUGUAACGCGAUCCUAAAAUUGUGUGUGAAAGAAAAUGAGCAUGUUGCAGUGUUUCCAACCUUCUGUUGCAAAAAUCCCCC